AUGUUGCUGGAGCAGUUCUCGUACUUUCAAGCCAUGAGCAUUGAAGGAACUCACCUGCACUCGGCGCGUUUGCUCAAGCCAGCGCUUAUUCGGGCGCAGUGCGACGACGAGGAGUUGGCUGUUCUGGUGAAUGUGCCGUCGAGGUCCACGGCAACCCAGCUGGCGCUGUCGACGGAGAGCGCAAUCACAAGACGAACAAUCGCGUUCGGAGCAAGCAACGCGUUCGCCUCGGCAGUGGCAAGUGCGAACGCCAGAGGCGCAAUGACACGUACCUACUUAAUGCAGCUGGCCGCCACCGGGUCGACGAUGGCCAACGAUCGAGUGGAGCAAGAUGAAGAAGUGGACGAGGAGGAUAUGGAAGACGGUGAGGAUGACGAAUUCCGCAAUUUUGUUGACCCAGCUAUGAUUCUCAACCAAUAUUUGGGCGGCGAUGAGCACAGUGAGGAAUUGGUCAUGGAUGAGGGAGUUGCAGAUCCGAUGCAGGCGGCCUAG